UUCCUCUCACUUUCCUUUUCUCUCUUCUCUUUCUAUAGCCAUGGCUUUUGAAGCUUUUGCAAUCAUUCUUUUCCUUUUGGCUAUCAUCUUUCUUGUAAUUCGUUCUGUUUCGAAACUGAAACCUCUGUGUAAGUGUGAGAUUUGUAAGACGUAUUUGACGUCGAGCUGGGCGAUGGAGCAUAGCAAUCUGAGCGAUUGGUAUUCUUGUCUGCUCAACAAAUCUCCGACAGGCACCAUUCACAUCCAUGUUCUCGGCAACGUUAUCACUGCUAAUCCUGCGAAUGUGGAGUACAUGUUGAAGACGAAGUUCGAGAAUUUUCCCAAGGGGAAACAGUUCGCUUCCAUCCUGGGCGAUCUGUUGGGGCGCGGCAUAUUCGCCGUCGACGGAGAUUUGUGGAAGUUUCAGAGGAAGAUGGCGAGCCGGGAGUACGGAAGCGUGUCCAUUUGCACCUACGCUUUCGAGAUCGUGGCUGCCGAGGUUAGGACGAGAUUGUUCCCUCUCCUUUCGUUUUACGGGGAAAAACAGGAGGUUUUGGACUUCCAGGAUGUUCUGCGCCGAUUCUCGUUCGACAAUAUCUGUAAAUUCUCUUUCGGGAUGGAUCCGGGGUGCUUGAGCUUGUCUCUGCCGGCGUCGAAGUUCGCCGCCGCCUUUGACCUUGCGUCGAAGCUCUCGGCGGAGCGCGCCAUGACGGCGUCGCCGGCGGUGUGGAAGGUCAAGAGAUUGUUGAAUAUUGGGUCCGAGAAGAUGCUUGGCGAGGCUAUUGGUUUGAUCAAUGAAUUGGCGGAGGAGAUGAUCGAACAAAAGAGGAAAUGCAGCGGAGGGGACGCGUCCGACCAAUCAGAUCUUCUCUCGAGAUUCAUGGGAAUCAUCGACGACGAUAAAUUGCUACGAGAUAUCGUCAUCAGUUUCCUUUUGGCGGGAAGGGACACCAUUGCUUCCGCGUUGACUAGCUUCUUUUGGCUGCUGUCAAGGCAUCCCGAAGUUACGGAUCGAAUUCGGGCCGAGUCGGGCCGGAUGAUGGAGCCCGAUCAAGACUUGCCAUCCUACCAGCAAAUCCGCGACAUGAAUUACUUAACGGCGGCGAUACACGAGAGCAUGCGGCUGUUUCCGCCGGUGCAAUUCGACUCCAAGUUCUGCCUCGACGACGACACGAUGCCGGACGGCACGUUUGUCAGGAAGGGCACUAGGGUUACGUACCACCCGUACGCAAUGGGCCGGAUGGACUCAAUCUGGGGGCUCGACUGUCGCGAGUUUAAACCCGAAAGGUGGCUGGAAGACGGUGUUUUCAAGUCCGAAAAUCUCUUCAAGUACCCGGUUUUUCAAGCCGGGCCUAGAGUUUGUCUAGGAAAAGAUAUGGCGUUGGUGGAAAUGAAAAGUGUUGCAGUGGCUCUGAUUAGGGCUUUUGAUAUAGAAGUUGCUUGUGAGCCAUGUCACACGCCUAGAUACGCGCCGGGACUGACCGCCACCGUGAGAGGCGGACUUCCGGUGAGGAUCACUGACAGACGGCCACGGAAGGAUUAAUACUAGCUAGUCUCAUACUGGUAGUUGUAUAGGGAAGUUAGGCUCAGAAUAUGGAUUUGAAAAAAAUGCAAAUUUUGUAGUGAUUUCCAAACUUCCAACUUAAUUAUAUAUGAUUCAAGUUAACACUUCUA